AUGGUUAUACUUUCUCUGGGCAGCAUUGAUAAUUCUUUCAACAGCAGACACUGCACCGUUAAAGCCAUUAACGCAGUCUUCGAUCCUCCACACAGUACCUCCCAGAAAGAGCAAUAUCGCAAGAAGAAGUCCAUCAAAGCGAUCUCUAGUGAAUCAGCUACCAUCUGGUCCACUGACCAAGAUGUACAAGAUUUGUCUGCUGAUAACUGUGCCGACGAAGAAGCCUUUCAUUCAAUAAGCGGAACAUUUGAGGUGUAUAAACUGACAGCAUCAGCUGGUGUAGGCUGGGAUGAAAACGAAAAAAUAACGUUUACAUGCAGAAUAAGCUACAACGUAGACUAUACUUGUGAAGAGAACAAUCUCCUACAACCAACCAUAGAAAACAUUUCAUUGGCCAUCAACGGGGUCGUUCAGGUAGAUGGGGACCGUUUAUCUUCAAGAUAUGAAAGCGAAAAUUCAAAAAAGUAUUUUGAUGUCACUCUGCACUACGAGUCCCAUACAAACGCUAAUCUUUCCUGUAUAAACAACCUGACCGAUAAAGCAACCUUGGUUUCCCAAGAACUGAAGGUAGAGAAAGUAGAUGAACUUUAUGAAGUUGACAUCACUCCUUCAACCACCACCAUCAAGGUAGGAUCAAGCUACACUCUUACCUGUCUUCUCAGAACUCACAGAGCGAUGGAGUACAUUUGGUGGAGUAGACGCAUGGAAGGAGGAGGAAGAGAAACAGAAAUAAACUGCGAUCAGGAGGAUCAGGAGGAGUUCUCAUGCUCAAACUCGACCGAACCAGCAAUGUCCACGCUUAUCGUAACUACACAAGAAACAGAGGAGUACAAGGAGGAGCGGUACUUCUACCACUGUAGAGCAGUCUCCACGGACCACUCCAACCAACCUAAAGCAGAGGCCAGGGUCACAGUGUUAGCUAUAGACCGGACCUGGAUAACAGUGCUAGGAGCACUGGGUGGGGUAGUGUUUGGGGGGACCUUCUUCGUGGUGAUACUUCUUACGCUAAUCAGGUGGAGACAGAGGAGAAAGAGCGCUCGGAGUAUCCGGAUGGUGGAGACACGGAACGCUAUAAUGGCAGCAAGACAAACAUCCAAUGACUUCGACGGAGACAGGGUAGCAGCUGAUGCGUUCUUGUUGGCCAUGGAGACAGUUAACAGCAUCAUGGACCGGAUUAAGAAAAAGCACUCAGCGUGGGAAAAAGAUAAGUCGAAAAUACAAAUAAAGCAAACACUUGGCGAGGGAAACUUUGGAUUGGUCUUGUUGGGACAGAUGCCGAAUGAAUUCGGGAUCAUCCAACCCGUCGCCAUUAAGACGAUCAAAGAACAAGGAAUAGAGGUCUCGGCACUGCUUGAUUUUGAGAAGGAGAUGGAGGUGAUGGUGACGUUGAAACACAGAAACAUCGUCAACUUGUUGGGAAUCUGUGCUCUGACCCUGCCCUUCUACAUAAUCAUGGAGUACAUGGAGAACGGACAGCUUAACAGCUACCUCAAUCAAUUUGCUCCAUCCAGGGAGGAACCACUGGGAGGUCUGAGUGUAGGACAGCUUGCCUGGAUGUGCCAGCAGCCGUGUGAUGCGCUGGAAUACCUUGCCACCAAUAAUAUGGUGCACAGAGACGUCAGCGCGAGGAACUGCUUGGUCGGAAAGAACCUACAAGUGAAGCUAGCAGACUUUGGUUUGUCCAGAGACACAUCCGCCAACGAUAAGAAUUAUUAUAAGAAGGAAGGAGGGAUGGUGCCGAUCAAGUGGAUGGCACCAGAAGCUCUAACCUAUGGAAGAUACACUACUGCUAAUGACGUUUGGGCAUUCGGAAUUCUGGCAUGGGAGGUAUUCUCAUUUGGUGCUCUGCCGUACCAGCAUCUUACUAACCAGCAAGUCAUGGUUAACAUUUGUAAGGGAGAGCGUCUCGACCGACCUCAUCUCUGUCCGGACGGUUUAUGGGAAGUGUUGCUGAAAUGUUGGGCAGACACCCCCGAUGAGAGGAUCCAGUUUCAAGCUCUGCUGGCGUUCUUCAAAGAGUACUCUGAGGAAACCUCCGAAUUUACCGAGCCAAGAACUGAGUUCUCGAUACAGAAUUCGCAGACGUCCGUUGAAUAUUAAACACAUAUUCAUUGGAAUGCAUCUGAUGAAAUUAAGUAACUGAAAUGUGUGUGGAAAUUCAUGAUAAUAAGUAGCAGAAAUGUGUGUGGAAAUUCAUGAAAUUUGUUGAUUGUGUGACUUAACGAUAUCCGGACUAAAUGAGUGAACAUAUUAUCUAGGAUGGCAAUAAAUAUGUUAAUAUAUUGUGUGCUGUACCUCAGAAUAUUGUUCCAGCCAUGGGACAACACAUAGCAGAGUGCUCGUCUGCCAUAUUUAUCUGCCAAGGUCGGAUCACAUCCUUGUUUCAGUAGGUAAUACACCUGAGCGUUAAGUGAUUGUUAUCAGUUAUGCUAUUUUUUAAAUAUUACCAUUUUUAAUGUUUUAAAUUAUAAUAUUGGUGAAUCAAGAUUAUUGUUUUUAAUAUGUUUUUAAUUAUUUUAGUACUUAUUUUAAAACUUAUUUUGAGCCUUAUAAAGCAUUCCACGCAAUAUUGUGAUGUAUAUUAGCGCUUUAACUGGUUUCUUGGUUAUACAGAGAAGCACUCACGAUUACUUAUCAACUAGCUAAGUUAUUUUAAUUAAUAAUUAAGUUUUAAUAAUAUAGUCUGUAUUUUUCACGGACUGUGUCAGGGUGAUCGCCAACCACCGCCCAAAUGAGGGGCGUUCUCUUAGCUCGAGCAUCUGGAAGAUCUUUGUUUUCAUCUUCUAACAACGCCACUACUUGAUCCGUUCUCCCUGAUAGACAAUGAUAAAUAUUUGCUUUAAUCUCAACUUUUUUAAAUGAGUGGCAUGGAAGAAUUUCCUAUUAACUUUUGAUAUUUUGAUCAGAGUUUCUUUUUCGAUAUUUUCUCUUCCACCUUUCACAGAAAUUAUUUGAUUACGUUUAUAAAGUGGUGACCAAUCCUUAAUUAGUGAACACGUGAUUACUUGAUCAUUGAAGAGGCUAUGUUGGUCAGUUGGAUUGUUUCAGUUUUUAUUCUAUUUUUACUGAUAAUUUUGUAUUGCGAAAUUUAUUUUCUUCGUUUGA